AUGGAGACAUUGUGCAAUGUUUUUUGGGACCAUUUAAGAGAACAACUCUUAAUUAAUCCUCCCGAAUUCACUUGUGCUCUUGAACUUAUGACAGAAGUUAAGGAGGUUUUGCUAUCACUGCUAUUACCAUGCCGCAUCUGCCUAAAAAAUGAGAUUAAAGAAGUUCUGGACAUGGAUCUCCUCAAGCAAGAAACAGAACAUGGAGCCCUAGAUGUCUCUCAUCUCUCUAACUACAUUCUUAGUUUGAUGACCCUGCUAUGUGCACCAGUUCGAGAUGAAGCAGUAAAGAAACUACAGAGCAUAACAGAUCCAGUACAGUUACUGAGGGGCAUCUUCCAUGUUCUGGGCCUAAUGAAAAUGGACAUGGUGAGCUAUACCAUCCAGAGCAUUCGACCCUACCUGCAGGAAUAUUCCAUCCAGUAUGAAAGAGCUAAAUUCCAGGAACUCCUUGACAAACAACCCAAUCUCCUUGAUUACACCAAGAAAUGUCUAACCAAAGCAGCCACAGACCUCAUUACACCAUGUCUGAAUUCUCCUGACAUCCCCAGCUCCUCUAGCAUGGCCUGUUCACCUCCAGACAAGGCAGCUAAGAAUUCAGAUCCUCCCAAUCCCAUAAUGGUGCUAUACCAGGGCUACCUGAAUCUCCUCGUCUGGAAUCCUGAAAAUGAAGAAUUCCCUGCAACUCUGCUGAUGGACAGAAUCCGGGUCCAGGAAAUGGGGUCCCAUUUGUGCCACUUGACUAUAUUGGCCUCAGUCUUACUAGUGGCUAGAAGUUUCUCUGGUUCAAUUUUAUUCAACUCACCUGGAUUUGUGGAUAAACUGAAAUGCAUAACCAAGGCUGUGACUGAGGAAUUUAACUCCAAGCCUGAAGAAGCUAUGUUGAAUGUGAGUGAACAGGUGUCUCAGGAAAUUAAUUGUGGCCUCAAGGACAUGGGCUUUACUGCCCUAAGCAGUGAAAACACAGUAUGUCUUAUGGGACAACUCCAGAACAUCACCAAGAAAGAAAACCGUGUCCAUAGUAUCAUAGGAGUCUCUGCUACACUUCCCUGA